AUGGACCCCGGAGAGCCCGAGGUGGUGAGCACAGUACCACUAUACAAUUUUGACGGAAAGAUUAUCUGCAACCUGGCGGCUGACACGUGGCCUCUUGACAUCAGCGACGAGACGUGGGUGCUGCUGCCAAAGCUCACCCCGCGAGUGGAGCUGCCGUCCCUCCCCUCCCUGCCGCACUUCCGAGUGUACCCCGAGAGGAGCUCCUCCUCUGUGGACGUCAAUAACUGGGAGCAGCUCGUGCACGUGCUCAGGAGUCAUGGCCGGGAGAGAGGGGGUUCAAAUCACUUCCGAGUGUACCCCGAGAGGAGCUCCUCCUCUGUGGACGUCAAUAACUGGGAGCAGCUCGUGCACGUGCUCAGGAGUCAUGGCCGGGUGGGGCUCAUCACAUCAGCGCGAGGGCAGUACCAGUUCGGCCUGCUCCCCAUCGCCACCCCAUCCACCACCACCUCCACCUCUCCUCCCCCACCCCCUCCCGCCUUCGCCCACCCCUCUGCACCUCUCCCCACCGGUUUCUCCUCUGCUCGGGCGUACUACGCGCCGCUGCCAGCUGGCAUUCCCCGCCGCGCCCCGCGCUUCCCUGCGGUGCUCCCGGGGCUGCUUCCGCAGCAGCAGAUGCGACCUGCUGCGCACACGGCGCCUGGUCAGGUAGCACCUGGACAGAUGGCGCCUGCUCAGGUGGCGCCUGGUCAAAUGGCACAGCAGCAGAUGAGACCUGCGCAUACAGCACCUGGUCAGAUGGCACCCGGACAGAUGCCACCUGGACUGCAACACAGUCAGGUGCCACAGAGACAGGCGCAUUCUCAGGUGGCACCUGCACAGGCACAUGCCCAGUACCUGGCGUCCCUGGCGCACACGCACCAGCAGUGGGUGUUUGGGGGGCUGGCGGAGCUCAUAGAUAACUCCAUGGACGCCAAAGCACGGAGGCUGGAUAUUUUCAUCAGCACGGCCAAGCUCCCUCCAAGAGCAGCCGCCACAGCAGCAGCAGCAACAGCAGUCCCCGCAGCAUCACCCUCCGCAGCAGCACCACCAAUUCCCUCCUCCUCCUUCACUCGCCCCUCCUCUUCCCUACCCUCUGAACUGGUGCCAGUGCUGCACGUGUGUGACGAUGGUAAGGGCAUGGACCAUGGCGAGUUGGUGCAGAUGCUGUCGCUGGGCCAUGACAUCCCAGCAGAGGAGGACCCCCACCACAUCGGCCGAUUCGGCGUUGGCUUUAAGACGGGCACCAUGCGCAUAGGCAACGAUGCAUUGGUUCUGACCCAGUCAAGGGACAGUCGCAGCAUUGCGCUGCUCUCCCGCUCGCUCAACCACGGCCGGCAGGAGCUGGAGAUCCCCAUCGUGACGUACAAGCGGGUCGUAUCUGGGGGAGGUGGAUCUGCAGGCGCAGGGGGAGGUGGAUCUGCAGCAAGGGGAGGUGGGACUGUUGAGUGGCAGCUGGAUCUGGGCGUGCAUUCAGAGGAGGAGGCGGAGAGACGUAAGGCAGCAAUCUUUGACUUCUCGCCGCUGGACGAGCGGAGGAUAGCCCAGGAGUUCCGCAAGUUGGAGCAGGCAAGUGGCAGCAGCAGCAGCAGCAACACUCCCCCCACGGGCACGCACAUCUACGUGUUCAACCUCAAGCGCCUGUCUCGUCCAGAUGCAGCGUACGAGCUCGAGUGGGAUGACGCCGCCCACGACAUCCUCAUCCGCACGCGGCGUCCCCGCUCCCGCCCCAACCAGCUCUGCCAAGACGUACCCAUAGACUACUCCCUACGAGCCUACCUGCGAGUCAUGUUUCUCCACAACCCCGUCACCAUCACAGUACAAGGCAGUGCCGUGCAGGGCAGUGUCGACAUCGCGGAGAACCUCUCCCAACCGUUCUCCACCACGGGGACCGUCAUGGGGCAGCUGGUGCAAGUGCGCAUGGGCAUGGACGAGGGCGAGAGGGCGUGCGGGAGGUGCGGGUUCUUCCUGUACUGGCAUGGGCGGUUGAUAGAGGCGUAUAAGCGCGUGGGGCGGAUGGAGUAUUCGGGGGUUGCUGGGCUGGGCGUGGUUGGCGUUGUCGAUACCACCGCUCUCUUUGAUGCGGCUGGAGAGUUGGGAGUGCUGAACUGCAAGCAGCGGUUCGCAGAGGGCGAGGAAUAUCAGCGGCUCAAGGACUUCCUGUCGUCCACUUUCAACCAGUACUGGGAGGACAACUUCGACAAGGACCGCCCCACGUCGAACAUACCAGAGGGGGCAGUGCUACAGGAUCACAGGGACUGGGUGCAGUGCGACAAGUGCCAGCAGUGGCACAUUCUGCCCCCCAAUGUCACCUCUGAAAUGCUGCCGGAGAACUGGUUCUGCUACAUGGACCCCAUACGAGGCAAGUGCAACGACCCCAAUUAUGUCGAACCAGCUCCUAACGAGGUCACCCUUGGGAUCUCCAGACACUCCAGUAACUUCCCGGUUGCUGCUGCUGCCGCUGCUGCUUCUCCUGCGUCUGCUGCUGCUGCCGCUGCUUCUGCCGCUGCUUCUGCUGCUGGUGCUGCUGCCGGUGCUGCUGCUGGCGCUGCUGCUAUGCUGAAUGCUGACGGGCGCACCUUGACUGGUGCUGCUUCGGAUGCUGACAGCAACUCUAGAGAGGUGAGUGGGGGAGUGGGGGCAGGGAGGGCAGGGGAGGGACGAGGGGGAGGGGUUGGGGAGCAAGGGGGAGCAAGAGUGGGGAGAGGAAGUGGGCUGGGAGGAGCUGGAGCAGCAGGCUCCUUGGAUGAGAGCAAGAAGAGGAAGCUGGGAGGAGGAAGUGGGAUGGCAGGUGGGAGUGGUAUUCCUGACAGGGACGGGGCAGGCGGCAGUGGCGCACAUGUGAGUGUGAAGGAAGAACCUGGGGAGCAUGUGGGAGCAGCAGUGGGGGUAGAGAGACGUGAUUGGACAAGCAGGGAGCAUGGCGAAAGGAGACACGAGGGACGGGAGCGAGCAGGGCUGGGAGUGGAACGAAGGGGAGACGGGUACUUGGAUCGACAAGGGGAGAGGGGGGUUGGUGGGCAAAGAAGGGAAGGAGAAGGGCGACGUGAUAAUACAGGAAGUCGGGCAGGAGUGGAGAGGAGGGACUACAGAGUAGGGGGAAGAGUGGAGAGUAGGGACUGUAGAGAAGCAGCGGUAGGAGCACAGAGCAGGAGCGGAGCAGGACCCUCCGGUUUGAGUGCUGCUGCUGCUGCAGAGAGGGAGGAAGGGGAGGAGGUGGACAGCAGUGAAGAUAGUGAGGAGGAUGCGGUGACGUGGCACCACCGGCCGGCAAAGAGACGCGCGAUCAUGGAUGAUGAUGACGAUGAACUUGAGGAUGGAGAGGUGUGA